AGAUGCCAUAUAGUUGAUUAGAAAGUUUAGUUCAGUGGGUACAGACCCACAAAAUCAUUUUCUUCCUCCGGUAGAGAAUGUAUCGAGGAUUUGGCAGCCGAAGCAGAGAUUUGAAGCCAUGGAUGAUGGCCCUCCUCCUUGUCUUAUCACUGGCAGUGGUGGCGGUGGCUAUUGGUCUUCUGGUUCACUUCUUAGCCUCUGGUGAAACAGUAAUGGAGUUUUAUCAUAUCAUCUUUAAAAUUUCAGAUUUACAAAUAAGUAGCAAUUCUGGACAAAAUAAUACAUUUCAAAUCCAGGACCUGAGACUAACAUAGCAUUUCUUAUAAUUACAGGUAGAUGAGAUUUUCAUAGAUUCAGCCUUGAGCAAGCAUUAUAUCAAGAACCAUGUGGUCAGACUGACUCCAGAGGAAGAUUGUGUGAAAGUAGAUAUCAUUGUGAUAUUCCAAUUUCCCUCUACCGAGCAAAGAGCAAUAAGAGAGAAAAAAAUCUACCGCAUUUUAAAUCAGAAGAUAAGAAACACAGGAGCCCUACCAAUAAAUGUCUCUUCAGUUCAACUAAAAGCAAUGAGCUCAUCAACAGGAAAGCUAAUGGUCCAAGCAUGUUGUGGGAAACGAGUUGUUCCAUUAAUAGUCAACAGAAUAAUGUCUGGUGACAUUGCAGCCAAGUCUGCUUGGCCGUGGCAAGCCUCUCUCCAGUAUAACAGCAUGCAUCAGUGUGGAGCCAGCUUGAUUAGCAACACAUGGCUUGUGACUGCAGCACACUGCUUUAAGUAUAACACCAAUCCACGUUCAUGGACUGUUAGCUUUGGAACAACAAUCGAUCCUCCUCUAAUGAAAAGAAAUGUCAAAAGAAUAAUUGUCCAUGAGCGAUAUAAUUCUCCAGAACAAGAAAACGACAUUGCUGUUGUACAGUUCUCUCCUAGAGUCACCUUUACUGAUGACAUACGCCGAGUUUGUUUGCCAGCAGCUUCUGAGUCUUUUCAGCCAAAUUCAACUGUCUACAUCACAGGAUUCGGAGCCCUUUUCUACGGUGGGAAUUCCCUAAAUUAUCUUCAAGAAGCCAGAUUGAAAAUCAUAAGUGAUGAUGUGUGCAGGCAACCGUAUGUAUAUGGCAAUCAAAUCAAAUUUGGAAUGUUUUGUGCUGGAUAUUUGGAAGGGAUUUAUGAUGCUUGCAAGGGUGAUUCUGGGGGACCUUUGGUUGCAAAGGAUCUUAAAGAUACCUGGUAUCUCAUUGGAAUUGUGAGCUGGGGAACCAACUGUGGACAAAAGAACAGCCCUGGAGUAUACACCAACGUGACUUACUACCGAGAGUGGAUUGCUUCAAAAACGGGUCUCUAAUUCGUCCUAUAAG